GGUAUGAAGAAGAGGUCUUUAACCAAUCCACCUCAAAAUGAAUCUAAGACUAUUUCCUGCUCAACACAUAGUCACUAAACACAGUGAUUAGAUUGAACAAGGUUGUGCAUGGCUAAAACACAAAACCGGGUUCAUUUCAUUCAUUAUAGUAACAAAAAUGCUCAUGAAUUCAACCCCACUGACAGAAGAAAUGCAUUCUGUACUUUUAAGCAGUGUUUAUGUAAAAAUAAAAAUAAAAAGGGUGAACAUUUCUUUUCAUGAUGUGAUAAGAUAAAAUUAUUAAGAACACCUUUCGAAUAAUACACCUCUAAUAAAACAAACAGGUCAGGUUCUAAAUGAUUUAAACUAUUUUCCCUCCAUACUUUGAAUUAUGCCCCAUUAUUGCUUGUUAAUUUCUUUAUUUUCAUCACUAGUUUACAGCCAGCUCCUUAGAGCAGUACUCUCACUAGAUCCUUUAAGCCAUAGAAAGAGAUUAUUAAGUGCGAUGUGAACAGAGCUUUCCUCAUUGCAGCUUUAACCUUAAUGUCAACAGGAGACCUUUCUUUUUCAAGAAUCCUUCCACUUUUGUAAUUUGGACUUUGUGGUUUCUCUUUUAAUAAAAGGACCUCAUGGGAAUGGCAAGUGAAUGGCACUGAAGUGGUUUAUUCUGUGUUAGUGUGUUUGUAUGUGUGUUAUUAGGAAAUACAAAGCCUGUUCCCUAAGUACAAAGAGCUGCUUAACGUCAUGAGGUCUUUGAGUGUAUGUGUGUGUGUGUGUGUGUGUGUGUGUGUGUGUGUGUGUGUGUGUGAAGAAAGAAAAAAGGGUCCUCUGUUUUUUCUAAAAUGUUCCCUUGUCUUGCUUUUCUUAAACAAACUUGGAUACACAAUACACACAACAUACAAUCACAAAAUACAAUAGAUAUUUGUGCUUAUUACACCGGUGAAACAAUAUAAUAUCCUAGAUUAAACCAGCCUGACUUAUAACAACAUAAUCUCUCUAUUUGCACAAUUAUUGCACAGCGUCACCUUUCUAACAGUUUGUGUUUAUUAUUUCCUAUGCUUCUUAUUAGUGUCUUCCUCAAGACUGGUUAAUGUCAGCCCUGGAAGAUGAUGGGAAUGACUACAUCAGUGAGAACACCUACCUUAAGAUAUCCACCAUGCUCCUCUAUUAUAUCAUCAACAUGAGACAGAUUUGUUCCCCUGAUGUCUCAUCUUUGUCACUCUCCUCCUUCUUUUCACCCUUAUAUCAUGAUUUCUCAUAUUGUCUUCGAGCUCUGACUUCACUCCACUCAUCGGAAGAUGGACAUUUUCUCUCGACCAAUGAGACAGAAAGCAUCCUGCGACUCAUUAACCAACACUACCAACCUGCUUCAAAACACACACAGUGUAUCGAUGCUGCACACCUGAUGGAGGAAGUGGGCGUGACUGACAGCAGGGGUGUUGAGGCAUCCUCUGUUCCUCUAUUGGCUGCGGCACUUGUCCAUCACUUGCGCCAGGGCCACUGUGUAAGGAGACGUAACCUCCCCUCGCCUGCUUUCUUCACCGAUUACAUCUUCCAGUCUCUCAACCGAACCAGUGAUCUCCAUGUCCUGGGUAAUUACAAACACCAAGUUCACGCCUACAAAAACGCUGUGUGUAUAUGCAUAGAGGACAGAUGUUACUUACUGUUUAUUCAGAUCUGCAACAUCUGUUACAUCAAAUUGGUGUUGGUGGAGCUAAUGUGCUUUUCAGCUAGCCAGCUGCUGGAUAUCUUUGUCCUGGAUCCUUUCUCGCCAAUCUCCAGAGAUCACUUCAGGAACAUAUGUCCUGCAAUCAUUCAACAGCUGCUGGGUGAUGCCUGUAACCCUACACAAUCAAUAGCUAGGAAAGCAACACCAAGUGACCUUGAGAAGUAUGGCUACAGUUCAGUUGCUGUGUUGCUGAUCACAGUGGGUUCGAUGUUGGGGAUUUGCCUGAUUCUCUUUAGCUCCUGUCAGAAGACUUACAAUCUCAUCCUACAGCUGUUUGUUGGGCUUGCUGUGGGCACACUGUCAGGAGAUGCACUGCUUCAUCUGAUACCACAGAUCCUUGGCCUUCAUGAUGACAGCCAGCAUGAUGACUCUAACCUCAUGGAACCAAAAGCAUACCUGUGGAAGAUCAUGGGCAUAAUUGCUGGGAUCUACGGCUUUUUUCUUAUUGAGAGAAUCUUCUCAUUUGUAAUGUCAUCUCAUGGGCAUAGUCACUCACAUGGUUUGUCUGUAGAGUUGAGCUGUAAUGGAGAAGGCCAGAAAGUAAAAUCAGUGUCUACCAUGCAACUGAGAACUUUAGAGGAGACAGAGUGUUCAGAAAUGCAACCAACGGAGCCCAGCAUCGACCCUGCUCAGCAACAGAAACGAGGCAUUCCACUGCUGGCUGUAAUGGUGAUAGUGGGCGACAGCCUCCAUAAUUUUGCAGAUGGUUUGGUGGUGGGAGCAGCUUUCUCCAAUUCAGUCGAAACUGGCAUGGCAACAACAGUAGCUAUCCUGUGCCAUGAGAUUCCCCAUGAAAUGGGUGAUUUUGCAGUGCUGCUGAGUUCUGGUCUGUCAGUGAGGCGUGCUGUACUCAUGAACUUUGUCAGCGCACUCACAGCCUUCAUGGGGCUCUACAUCAGCCUCUUUGUCUCCUCAGAAAUGGAAGUUCAACAGUGGAUCUUUACCGUCACAGCUGGGAUAUUUCUCUAUCUGUCACUGGUGGAGAUGAUGCCAGAAAUGAGUAGAGUUCACUCUCCACAUCCAUUUCUUAUGUUUAUUCUGCAGAAUAUUGGCCUACUGGUGGGCUGGGCAUGUUUAUUACUUCUAGCACUCUUUGAACACAAACUCACUUUUUAAUACACACUUCCAUGCACAUUUUAUAAGAGAGCAUCAUAGAAUAUAAUGUUGUUUCGUUCAGAGUUUUUUUUUUUUUUUUUAAUGAAAUGUCUUAACCCCAACUAAAAACUGCUGAAAACAAAUGUACAGUUAAGUAGUGUUAUUUUCCACAAUCCUAGUCUGGAACUUUCAAACUGCACAUGUUUUGAUAUUUUACCUAUUGUGAUGCACCAAAUUCAAACUAAUAAAGAAUGUGUAACUGUACGUCAGUGUGGAGUUGAGUCAAAUAUAUUAGAGGCGGGAAUCUAAAAUACACCAUCCAGGGGUAAUGACACACCACA